AAUCUGCCCCUCACCCCCACCCACCAUGCUCUGUUCCACCUCUGCUCCUCGAGUUCACAAACCCUGCUCGCAUUAAACCACAAGCGAGCCCCACAGCUUCUCUCAUGACCCCGAUCCCCUUUUCUGCCCACCACCACCACCGAUGGCCGCCGCGCUCCUCCGUUUAUUGCCGUUCUUGCUGCUAGCACUGACGGCGCCACCCGCUACCGCCGCUGCAGCUGUUUUAACACCGGCGGCGGCCAAGAACGUCACGCUCGACUCUGCCACACUGUCCUUCGCGGACCUCACGCUGCUGGGUGACUCCUUCCUCCGCAACGGCUCCGUCGGGCUCACGCGGGAGACCGGCGUGCCUUCCUCCAGCGCCGGCACCGUCCUCUGCACCCAGCCCGUCGCGUUCCGGGGCCCCGGCGCGACGGCCUCCAACGCCACCGCCGUCGCGUCGUUCGCGGCCAGGUUCUCCUUCGUCAUCGCCAACCCCAACCCCGGCGCCGCGGGAGGCGACGGCAUCGCGUUCUUCAUCUCCCCCGGCCCCGCCACGCUCGGCGCCACCGGUGGCUACCUCGGCCUCUUCAACUCCUCCGACUACGCCGUAGCCAAGAACGGGUCCGCGUCCGCCGCCAUCGUCGCCGUCGAGUUCGACACUAUGGCCAACCCGGAGUUCGCCGACCCCAGCGACAACCACGUCGGCCUGGACCUCGGCUCGCCGCUCUCCGUGGCCACGGUCGACCUCGCCGCGUCCGGUGUCGACCUCAAAAGCGGCAACCUCACGACGGCGUGGAUCGACUACCGCAGCGGGGACCGCCGCCUGGAGGUGUUCCUGAGCUACGCCGUGGCCACCAAGCCGAAGCGGCCGGUCCUCUCCGUCGCCGUCGACCUCUCGCCGUACCUCAAGGAGGCCAUGUACGUCGGCUUCUCGGCGUCCACGGAGGGAAGCACCCAGCAGCACACCAUCAAAGAGUGGACCUUCCAGACGUUCGGCUUCCCGCCCACGGCCAACUCCUCCUUUGAAUCCAAUGCCACCAGCAACUCGUCAGAGCCGGCCACCGUGCCAGUCUCCAACGCCGCCAACAGCCACAAGAGGGUCGGGCUCGCGCUCGGAAUCCUCGGUCCCGUCGCGCUCGCCGUCGCCUUCGUGUUCUUCGCCUGGGUCUCCAUCAAGAAGCUCAUACAACUCACCUCCCGGAACGACGCCGCUUUCUCGCCCGAGCUGCUCAAGGGCCCGAGGAAGUUCAGCUACAAGGAGCUGAGCGCGGCCACCAGAGGAUUCCACACGAGCAGGGUCGUCGGCAAGGGCGCGUUCGGGACUGUGUACAAGGCCGCCAUGCCGGGAGCUGCCGCCACCACCUACGCCGUUAAGCGGUCGACGCAGGCGCACCAGAGCCGGAGCGAGUUCGUCGCCGAGCUCUCCGUCAUCGCCUGCCUCCGGCACAAGAACCUCGUCCAGCUCGAGGGGUGGUGCGACGAGAAGGGCGAGCUGCUGCUGGUGUACGAGUACAUGCCCAACGGCAGCCUGGACAAGGCCCUCUACGGCGAGCCCUGCACGCUGUCGUGGCCGCAGAGAUACACGGUGGCCGCCGGCAUCGCGUCCGUGCUGUCGUACCUCCACCAGGAGUGCGAGCAGCGCGUCAUCCACCGGGACAUCAAGACCAGCAACAUCCUGCUGGACGGCAACCUGAGCCCGCGCCUGGGCGACUUCGGUCUCGCCAGGCUCAUGGACCACAACAAGAGCCCCGUGUCCACGCUCACCGCGGGGACCAUGGGCUACCUCGCGCCGGAGUACCUUCAGUCCGGCAAGGCCACCGAGCAGACCGACGUGUUCAGCUACGGCGUCGUGCUCCUCGAGGUGUGCUGCGGGAGGCGGCCCAUCGACAAGGACGAAGGCGGGGGCAAGAACGUGAACCUGGUGGACUGGGUGUGGCGCCUCCACGGCGAGGACCGUCUCAUCGAGGCCGCGGACGCACGGCUGGCCGGCGAGUUCGACAAGGCCGAGAUGCUGCGGCUGCUGCUCGUGGGGCUGAGCUGCGCCAAUCCCAACUGUGAGGAGCGCCCCGCCAUGCGGCGGGUGGUGCAGAUCCUGAACCGUGAGGCGGAGCCAGCGCCCGUGCCGCGCAAGAAACCACUGCUGGUGUUCAGCUCCAGCGCGUCCAUGAAGCUGCAGGAGAUCGCCUUCUCCUGCGGCGAUGACGUCCGAGGCGGCUACUCUGCUGCCAAGCCUACAUCCCCAAAGUCUGAGGGAGCCGACAUUGAACGCUGAUGCGAAGCAGUCGAUACCAAUUAUACUACUACAGAUUUGUUGGUUUGGUCUGUGUGUUCAUAAGGGGAAUAUAGGUAAUAAUCCCCAUAAUAUAGUUGCUUCAGUCUAGAAAGUGCUGAUGAAUGCAAUUGCAUGAGUCAUCUACGGUCUAGCGGAGCUGGCAUUGACAGUUGAUAUCAAGCGAUCAAUGCACUGAUAGUGAAUUACUACUUGUGUGAUUCCUAUAUGUAUUUGUCAUGUGAUUAUUAGGGGAAUAUAGGUAAUAAUCCCCGCUAUUGUACGAAUGUUAAAUACUGAAUUAUCCAGUCAUUUACCCCAA